AUGGUCCAAGCUACCUUGCUGACCAGGUGACCAUGGCUGCACUUCAUGGAUGGUUCAGCAGGUAAACUCUCUGCCUUGGAACUAAUUGCCACUCAAAUGAGAUACAUAAAUCAGAAUAAUAAAAGCCAUCAGUAUGUGAUUAUCGGCUUUGCAAAAGUCUGCUGAAAAGUCUGCUCCUGUUGGCUUCUAUCUAUGAAAUCCUUGGUGCUGACCACAAAAUCCAUGGUGCAGUGCAAUUCUGAUCAAAAUACACUUGCAGGGAAACUUCCCAGGCCUGCGUUAUUUCACACAGAAAGUUGGACAGUGUGCAAAUGAGAGAAGUCAGAAGCCAUACAAGCAAUCAAGAAUUUUCUUCUACCCAUAAAUCCUAAGUGUUGGAUUAUGCAUCAGUGGAAGCAUCUCUGUUUCACCCUGAAGAAAUGAAAUUCAUUGGCACCUCUUAAAACUCAAUAACAAGCUCAUUUUUAAAAAAUCAGUGAUAACUGUUUUCUCUGAAACAUACCUGUAGCUGAUUAGGGAAGUUCAUAUUUAAGCUCCAGUGCAUUGAGUUUAAUUUAUAAGAAGACAAAGCUUCACUGCUUACAGAUUAAUUCGCUUGUGAGGACUCUUGUAAGAAACAGGGCCAACAUCUGCUGCACAAAAUAAGGCAGUGGUAUCAAUGGUUUGGUUCUCCUAUAGAGAUCUAGUUAGGAUGACUAAAGCAGAGGUAGACAACAUGGUGGCUUCCAGAUGUUUUGAACUACAAUGCCCAUCAUCCACACUUAGGAUGGCCAAUGCUUAGGGACGAUAGGAGUUGUAGUCCACAGGAACUGAAGGGCACCACAGUCCUUCCCACGGACCAGAGAAAUCCAUCAAUAAUACUCCGUACAUUUAGAAAUGAAUAACUUGGAACUGAACUACUUGGAAGUCCAGAGACUCUUCCAGAUACUCAGCACAGACUGUAUCCGCCUUGCCCAGAGAUGAGCCAGGUAAGUAUGACAUUUUUCUUCCCAAACAUACUGCUAUGUACAAUAUUUCAUUGCAUGUGCCAUUGACUCUAAGCAUUCUUUAAAACUGUAUUUGAACUCCUUGUUUUGACUGGUGUUUGUAUACCACUUUAUGAAACAUUGGAUUUCUGGGGAAAGCAGCUUAUAAAUCUAUUAAAAAUAAACUUCUUCAGAAUUGGGGGGAAAUAUGUCACCGUGGCGCUGUGAGUUAAACCAAAGAGUCUAGGACUUGCCGAUCAGAAGGUCGGCAGUUCGAAUCCCUGCAACGGGGUGAGCUCCCGUUGCUCGGUCCCUGCUCCUGCCAACCUAGCAGUUUGAAAGCACAUCAAAGUGUAAGUAGAUAAAUAGGUACCGCUCCGGCGGGAAGGUAAACGGUGUUUCCGUGCGCUGACCUGGUUCGCCAGAAGCGGCUUAGUCAUGCUGGCCACAUGACCUGGAAGCUAUACGCUGGCUCCCUCGGCCAGUAAAGCGAGAUGAGCGCCACAAACCCAGAGUUGGUCACGACUGGACCUAAUGGUCAGGGGUCUCUUUACCUUUACCUUAUGUCACCGUAAGGACAAUAGCAGUUCUCCUAUUGCCCAUUCUAUUCCCAAAUGGGAUAGUUGUCCCAUUGUGAAGGAACAGCAGGUUUUUGUCAAGCUGUGUGUCACUGUGGUUCGUCUUCGGAGGAGGGACUCACUUGACUGUCCUUGGUAAGUCACUGAAUUUAUCAGUCCUUUCCACACCUGUGGCAAUGUUUUAACUUUUCCAUCACUUUUGCCCUCUUUUCCUUCUCCGGCUGUCAUUUACUUUGCAAUGAGAAUUUACUAUAAACAGUAUUUGAAAUCCUAGCCAGAGCUGAAUUGUGCAAACCCAUUUUGCAGGUUUCUUCUCUCCUCAAUAACACUGGAAAGUUAGGGGUGGACGGAGAUUUCUUUUCCUUAGUCUAGGUCCUUGUGACAGUAUUUGGGGGGAAAUAUAUCAAAAUAGCCUUGGUGGCUGAACCAUUGGAUGCAAAAGAUGGUAAAAAAAUAAAACUGAGCUGUAAUGUCACUGUAAGGAAAACAGAAGUUGUCCUAUUACCCAUACUAAUCCCAUAUGGGAUAGUUGUCAAUGGCCUUGUGAAGGAACAGCAGGUUUUUGUACAGCUUUGUGUCACUGUGGUACGUCUUCGGAGGAGGGACCCGCCUGACUGUCACAGGUAAGUCACUGAAUUUAUCACAACCCUUUCCAUACCUGUGACAAUAUUCUAACUUUUCCAUCAUUUUUGCCCUCUUUUCCUUCUCUGACUGUAAACCUGACCUUAGGGCAUUUGUUGUUUAGUUUACAAUGAGCCUUUCAUAGAAAAUGUAUUUGUAAUCCUAGCCAGAGCAGGAUGUUGCAAAUCCGUUUUACAUGCCUCUUCUCUCCUCAAUAACACUGGGAAAUUAUUGGUGGGUCAUUGUGACAAUCUUUGAAAAUAUUUCUGUCAAAUUCCCCUUCUCAGCUAACCUUGACAUAAUCUUACUGUUGGGUGCAAAAGAUGGCAGAGAAGUAAAUUUGAGUUGUAGUGUUCCUUCCAGGUACCCAAUAUGAUUUAUGAGGAAGGUUGAAUCAGUUUCUAAUGGUGCUCCAAAAUCCAUAUGAGUGCAAAAGACCAACCAAAAUGUAAUAAAAUAGUGUGGAGAAUCUCAGCUUUCCAGACCGUUCUGGAGAACCGAUAAACUUGCAGACUGCCUUGUGACAUUUGGGCUGGGUUUAUAAAUGUAUAGUCCUACUGUAGAUUUCUGAAUUUUUCUUAGGAACUAAUGUGGCUCUCUUCACUUUUUCUAUUUUGGGUCUUCCUAUCUAGAAUCAUAGAACAGAUUCUGUUCAAAAGAACUGUUUGUUGUUUUUUAUUUUGUAAAACUCAGUAAUCCACAGGCGCAGGCUCCCAAACGACUUUUAAAAUAAAAAUCUGAAGAUGUUCAACAUAUUAUUGAUAGUUAAAUGUAGCCACGUAAAAUGUAAACCAGUGUCUACAUAUUUCAGCAAAACUGAAUGGGUUUUUCGGAGAAAGUUGGAGUGAGGGUUUUGCAAGAAGACUAAGAGAGAUCUAAACUGAUCUAUCUAGAAAAAUCACUUGAGAUUUAAGGGGCAUGAUGGAAUCAAAUGCAACAAACUUUCUUUUUUUAACUGAAAUAGAGGCACAGCAGUAGAGAGAAUUAACCAAUUUCCCUAUAUCUUUAGUCUCAAUUCUCACACCCUAAACUUAAUGUUGGUCUCACUGGGGGGAAAAUACGUGGGUACUUUUCUUCCUUUGUUCAAUUUUUUAUUUGCAAAUAUAAAAGGAAGGAGCAAAGCUAAAGACACUAGGUUGUAUCUAAGACUAGUCCUUCUUGGAGUAAACCAAUUGCAGGCAUAAAAAACUUACGUUCCUUCAUUUCAGUGGGUCUUUUGGGAUUAAAACUGAGUUGCAUGCUCCCCAGCUGGCACUGGCAAUAAGAAUAUUCCAUUAAUCCUAAUGUAAAUAGAAUUAUACGCAGAUUUACAAAUAGGUAUAUAAAUGAUACUGAUCAUUAUAAGCCAUGCAUUAAAAGGGAGAAAGCCCAGAGAGCUCUUCAGACUGCUGUGACACCUUCAGACCUAGAGGGGUUUAACAAUCCAUUUGUUUCUCGUGGGAAUUCUGGGAAUUGUAGUUCUGUGAGGAGAAUAGAGGGAUCCUAAAAUCUCUCCGCAACCUUUCCAAACUACCGUUCCCAGAGUUCUUUGGGGGAAGCCAUGGCUAUUUGGAGUGCUUUGAUCCUAUUUGAAAUGGAUUGUGCAAAUGGGUCUAUACAAAGAGGGGUAAAUCUGCUGGGAAAUGUGUGUAUGUUGGCGGGGAAGAUGGUGAACGUGAACUGAUUUAAAAACAUGGGAAACAGAACUUAAGCCCAGGAAAAUAAGAAACUAAAAUUGACCAAUUAAUGUAUCCCUGUUACCUGACUACAACACCUGCCAAUAGAAUGCCUUAUUCAGAGGUGCUUGUUCUUUUUCUCUGACAAUGGUUGAAAUUCUUAUUCUUAUUCUUAUUCUUAUUAUUAAAUGGAUAAAAACCCAUGCUCCUAUUCUGCUGUCAGUGGAGCCAUCCGCUAACAUAUGAGAAGGGGCCAGUUUUCUCUGAUUUACCCCACGCAACUGAGGUCUCCACUGGCUUGAAUUUCAGAUGCUUGUGGGACCCUUCUGAAGAGCGUGAGGCAGUUGGCAGCGAGGGGAAGGGGGAACCAGAGGAAAACCAGCUCCCCCUUCUUAUGUUAAAAAAAAAUUAGAACUGGAAGGGAUUUCACCUCAAUGAUUUUUAUUCUCCAGAUUCAGAGUUAAGGCUUGUUUACAGAAGUGAAAUGCUGUCUUUCCCCUCCAUAUGGCUGCGCCAGCCAGCAAAAAUGGCUGUUGCUUGGACUCCCCAAUGGGCAGAGUGCUGCUACACUCUGUUCAUGCUUGUGAGCUUCCCAUAGACACCCAGUUGAUCACUGUGAGAGCAGAAUGGAAGUCUAGAUGGGCCAUUGCAACCCUGAUCCAGCAGACCUCUUAUUUUCUGAUGCUCUUUGAGGCCAUUUUGCAAUACCCGUUGCCAUGGAUCAAAAGCACAGAGAGGGCUGUUGCUCUCGGAAUCUUUCUGCAAGCUUGCAAUAGACAUCAGGUUGACCGCUAUGAGCACAGUGUCCCAAGCAGAUGGGCUUCUCGCCUGAUCCAGAAGGGCUCAUCUGAUUGACUUUAAAAUAUUUAUGUGCAAUGAAAGUUCACCCCCUCUGAGAGCAAACAGGCUGCUUUAAUGAUCUCUCCUUUGCUAUGGCAGUCAGUAUAAACAUGUGGGUCAUUUCCCCAGAAGAACUCGUAAUUUUGAACAAUCCUUUGUACAGUGGUACCUCAGGUUAAGUACUUAAUUCGUUCCGGAGGUCCGUACUUAACCUGAAACUGUUCUUAACCUGAAGCACCAGCUUAGCUAAUGAGGCCUCCUGCUGCUGCCGUGCCGCCAGAGCACAAUUUCCGUUCUCAAAGUUCUCUGAAGCAAAGUACUUAACCCGAGGUAAUAUUUCUGGGUUAGCGGAAUCUGUAACCUGAAGCGUAUGUAACCUGAAGCGUAUGUAACCUGAGGUACCACUGUGCUUAAGAACCAGUGACCAGUCCAAAUUGUGCAUUGAUCUUGUCCACUCCUGACCAUGUCAGGGAUGGGGUAACACAGCAACCCUCUACCUUUGCCCGGAUGCUGUGACACCAGAAAUCACAUCAGGCCUGGCCAUGCUUAAUGGGGCUGUCACCGAUUAGAGAGACACAGAUUCCACAUCCCUGCUUUAUGCUGACUGGCAGAACUUGCAGUUAUGGGAUAGGGAGAUCUGAACAGCUUUCUUCCUUCUUUGGCCGAGUAAGAUUGUCUUCCAUAAACACAGUUUUAAAAGUGAUUCUGUAAGUGACUAUGGGGGCCGAUUCUGGAUCCACAUGUCCUUGCACAGUGGAGACAUGGGUUUCCGGGUGGGCGUUGGUCAUGGUGAGGGUUUGCUGAACGUGCCUUCCUCAUAGCAUGUUUCUCCCUUUCGUUCUGAGUUUGAGCAUCUUCAAAGUUCACAACACCUUUGGUAAAAGCUGUUCUCCAAGUGGAGUGCUCGCAGGCCAGUGCUUCCCAGUUGUCAGUUAUUAUACAGUGGUACCUCGGGUUACAUACGCUUUAGGUUACAUACACUUCAGGUUACAGACUCCGCUAACCCCAAAAUAGUACCUCGGGUUAAGAACUUUGCUUCAGGAUUAGAACAGAAAUUGUGCAGCAGCGGUGCAGCGGCAGCAGGAGACCCCAUUAGCUAAACUGGUGCUUCAGGUUAAGAAGAGUUUCAGGUUAAGAACAGACCUCCAGAACGAAGAACAGACCUCCAGAAGUUCUUAACCCAAGGUACCACUGUACUAUAUUUUUUUAGAUUUGCCUUGAGAGUCUUUAAAUCUCUUUUGUUGACCACCAGCAUUGCACUUCCCAUUUUUAAGUUCAGAAUAGAGUACAGUGGUACCUCCAGCUGCAAAUGGUUGGAUCCCAAAGAAUUCGCAACCGGAGGUGCAGCUACUGCGCAUGUGCGUGGCACCGUUUAGUGCUUCUGCGCAUGCACGCACGGUGAAACCCGGAAAAAUACUUCUGGGUUUGCCACGUACAUAUCCCAAAGGAUAUGUAACCGGAGGCCAACGUAAGUAGAGGUACCACUGUAGUUGCUUUGGAAGACAAAAAUCAGGCAUCAGCACAACAUGAUCAGUACAACUUUGCUUCUUCCAGUACACGGGCCUGUCUUCCCAAAUGAUGUGUAAAAGUUGACAGCAGCUCUCUAGUGUCUAUGGCAUUCUAGAUGUGGAUAUUCCUAACUGGACUGAUGCAGUCUAAACUCUUCCUCUCACAGAUCACCACAGUUCAGUCAUGCCAAGAAUGCCUGUGCUGCUUCAUAGACCAUAAUAUAUUUUGCAUGGCUUGAAUCAUGUGUUUCUUGCAUGACAACAUUUUGGGUUGCUAUAAAGGAAUACGACCUGGUUCUCCUGGACCUUUUUCAUAGAAUCAUAAAGAGCUGUAAGACAUCUUGUAGGACACUUCCAGCUCAAAGUAUAGCUACCAAUUAGUAACAGGUCCUUCCAAAACAUUUCAGCACACUACAUUGGAGAACUGGGUCAGAUAGUGCUUCCUUUAUGAAAUCAAAUAACUUAUUACAUGUGUCAAAUAUUUAAUACUCCCCUGAGACACGACACUUAACCAAAUUUCCCCUUGACUUCCAGGUCAGCCAACAGUAACUCCAACAGUGAACGUCUUCCCACCAUCCCCAGAAGAACUGAAGAGCUCAGACAGCGCCACCCUGGUGUGUCUCAUGGAUGGCUUUUACCCAGGCGUUGUCCAAGUUACCUGGCAGGCUGAUGGCACCCCAUCUCCUCUGGGGUGGAGACAACCACGCCCACCAAGCUGAAUGACAAGUACGCGGCCAGCAGCUACCUCAGCAUGAAAAAGUCCGACUGGGAGAGGAAGGAGGAAGUCACCUGCAAAGUGACGCAUGAAGGAAAGACCGUUGAGAAGGUGGUGAGGAGAUCGGACUGUGCCUAAAGGCUGGAUGGAUCUGAUGAGUUUCUCGUGCCUCCAGCAGCUGAGAAGAAAGAGUCCUUUCAUGUUCAAGGGGGCCAAGUUUAUUCUCUGAUUUCCUCUAAUGCUACGUUGAUCCAUCAAGUCUGGUUUCCUUCCUAUGUCGUUCCCCUCCCCACACCUCCUCCCUUCCUCUCCUCCCUGGAAUCUCCUUUGUGUGUUGGCUUAUAAUGUUAGCAAAUUAAUAAAAUGUCAUACAUUUCACCGGUGUGAUUUCUUGACCCACUUCUUCAUUCCAUCUCCUUCAAGCAAGCUGUAUUCAUGGUUUCCUGUUAUAUUAUAGAAGGAAGUGUGCUGUUACUCUGCCAAAAUACACUCAACUCAGGUCUGUGGCUGAUAGGAGCAGUGGUAAAAGCAGUGCGAUUUCAGGGAAUGUAGGAAUUGGCCUUCUCCCAAGUCAGCCCAGUGGUCCAUCAAGGUGGGCAUUUUCUACACUGGUGGGCUGUGGCUUUCCUGGAGAUCAGGCAGAGUUUUCUAUAUGAGGUGCUUUUUUCUGGGGGGGAUGCAGGGGUACGCAUACCCCUAAACAUUUUGUGAAUCUAAUGGGAAAAGAAAAAAUUUAGUUUCUUCUCUAGAACGGUGAAUCGUCCGUUCUGUUGGCAGCCUUUUGUCCAUUUACUGGGUCUAUUUUUCCCAAUUUGAACUAUAAAAUGCUGAUUUUCUUGAGUCAAAAUGAGAGUACCCCUAAACAUUCUUUUAAGGAAGAAAAAGCACUGUCUAUAUGUGACCUGUGAUCCUUUCCAAUGGGCAGUGCUUUAUCUAAACAGGUUCCAGUGCUGGAGGAGCAGAGCUACAUAAUGGCUCAGCAACCUUUUUAGUAUUAUUAAUGUGAUCAAUUGACCCUUUUAAUUGCUUUUUUAAAAAAUGAAUUAGCUUCCUUUGCCCAGUGGAAGUUGACUGCCGCUCUCACUUUUUCUGGUUGCCGUUCCACUCCAUGAUUCAUUUCAGGUGGUCUUUCAAACAUUCCCAAACAUUGCCACUGGCCUGCCAUCUUCCUCAAGCCACAAUAUGGAGAGUGGUCCAUUUGGGUCCAUAGGUACAAAUGGAGUCCUGGUCCACCAACCUCAGUGUCCUCAGGAAGACCCAGCCUGCCUGCCUUCUGUACAACCAUUCAACAGAUGGCUCUGCCUCUACUUGGCUCUAGCCCUACUUUCCACCCAAUCAGUUUCACUGCUCUGAUUGCUUUUGGAAGGCAAUAUGAAGAGCCGAUAGCCUCCAGUGAAUGAAAGUCAUAGGUUUCCCUGAAGAAUAGGAUAAAUUCUUUUUAAAACUGCAUUAUGUCUAACCGCUUCUGAAGGACAUGUGGAAUGAUCGGUAUCAGAACAGUAUACCUGAAGGAGCGUCUCCACCCCCAUCGUUAAGCCCAGACACUGAGGUCCAGCUCCAAAUGCCUUCUGGUGGUUGCCUGCCUGCAAGAAGUGAGGUUACAGGGAACCAGGCAGAGGGCCUUCUCAGUAGUGGCACCUGCCCUGUGGAACACCCUCCCAUCAGAUGUCAAGGAAAUAAACAACUAUCUGACUUUUAGAAGACAUCUGAAGGCAGCCCUCUUUAGGGAAGUUCUUAAUGUCUGAUAUUUUAUCGCUUUUAUUAUUAUUAAUAUUCUGUUGGGAGCCACCCAGAAUGGAAAACACAGCCAGAUGGGUGAUGUAUAAAUAAAUUAUUAUUAUUAUUAUUAUUAUUAUUAUUAUUAUUAUUAUUACAAUGACAUACUGAAAAAAGUGACCUGCUUACUGUGCUAAUGUAAAUCCUGGCUAAUAAUAAUAAUAAUAAUAAUAAUUCCCGGACAACACUUUCUUACUUCCACUUUCCCCAUUUUUAGAAUGAAAGGUAACUCCUGAACAAAGAUAUGAAAACCUACAAGAAGAAAAGUGGAAAAAUUGAGGAAACUCAUUCCACAGAAAUAUUUCCAAGUUGUUCUUUCCUCCUAUUUAUUGCCCCCAAAAUUGAAAGGAGAACCACAAAAAUUGGUAGGGGGACAAUUUUUUCCAUAUUUUUUCCCAGGUCUUCACAUCUCUAGUGCUUCUGAUGUAAAUGUCCACCUCAUCUGUUAUCCUGUUUCCCACAGCUGGUAGUCGGGUGGCCUUCAGGGACAGCCAGGUAUGCUUCCAGGAAGCCCACAAGAAGGCAACUCUGAGGAACUCUACAUUAGUUGCUAGCAGUGGGCACUUCUACAUGUAAAUGAGAAGACAAAUAUUUUCUCCCUCAUCAGCCUUCUCCCUCCCCUGUUUUUCUCACAUCCACACUGCUCCAUGACAAAACCCUUCCACCCCAAAAGAGAUAACCAUCCGCUUCAUUUUGAUACAUCAAAAUAAGAGAGGGUCUCCAACUUUAAUUUCUGAGUGUCGGCUUAAAAUAUCAGCCUACUGUUGACAUCCACAGGAGACUACAGAACCCAUGAUACAGUGCAACUGUGAUCAAAAUACACCCCCACAGAAACAUCCCAGGCCUGUGUAAGGCAGGGAAUGGAAGCCAGAACCACCACAGCAGAGGCAAAUAACAAAGCAUAGGUUCCAGCGUUUCUCUAAUCAAAACAGGGACAUCCUAUUCCACAAGAGUAAUUUUACUAUUAAUAUCCUUCCCAUCUGACUGGGUUGCCCCAGCUACUCAAGGCAGCUUCCAACAUAUAUAAAAGCAUAAUAAAACAUUGAAGAUUUUUUAAAGAAAACCUUCCCUAUACAAGGCUGCCAUAAGAUGGAACCGCGGGUUGGAUAACUCAAUUCCCUUCAACAUUUCUCUGAUGAAAAUAGGGAUGUCCUAAGGAAAAGGGGCCUCUUUAUGGAUCACUGCCUUGUCAUGGCAAAGGGGCUUGAAUAACUCAGUGUAGCUAUGAGUUAUGGUGUGCAAGGCCACCCAAGAUGGACAGGUCUUAGCUGAGAAUUUAGACUAAAUAUGAUCCACCUGGAGAAGGAACUGGCAAUCCACUCCAGUAUUUUGCCAAGGAAACUCCAUGGACAUAAAAAAGGAGUAGCUUUGAGAAGAAAGUGAGAGUUUCCAAGGCAUGCCCUGGUUCAUGGGAUCAUGGAGAGUCAAACACAAUUAAGAUGACUAAACAACAACAACAAAAGGAAAAGGGAGACAUUCUGGGAUCAAAGCAGAAACCGGAGUGGCUUCUGUAAAUCCAGGGCUGAUCCCUGGAGAGACUGACAACGUUAUUUUUAAGGUAUUUUAAAUGGUUUCUCAAAGGGUUAAGAUGUCAUACUAGCUGCUCAUUACAGGUAAGUUCCUAUGUAUUGUCAAAGAAACGGUUCAAUGCCUUGAGUUAAUUUAUAAGAAACUUUUGCAGCAUAGAUAAAACUUCACUGUCUGUGUGAUCUCUUCUAAGAAACAAUUUCUUCAUUAACUGGAUGUGUUACUGUUUCCCAGAAAGGUAAGGUUGCCUGACUAAUUCAUUCUUUGGGAAUUCUGAUGCAAACUGAUAUGAUCAUUGGCCCCAUGGACUAAGGUGCAAAUUAGUCAUCUUUGGAUUUUGUCUUUCUCCAAAUUUUGUGAUACAGUUCUUAGCUUAAAAAAAUCAAGGAUCUGCAUCUUAGCAUCAAAUCUGUUUUCAGAAAUGCAUGAUUUGAGAGAAAUAUGUAUAUUGGAAAAAUACGUUCAAAAUUAACCAUGUUUGUGGCAAAUUCAAUAACAAUAGCAAUUGUAGAUUAAUGUGGGAAGGGGACCAAAGGGACUUACAAAUGGAAAUGGAUUUAUGAAUGAAUAUGGAUCUAUGAAUGGACAUGGACAGGAAAUAAACUGACCCAUUCAUCCCUACCACUGGAAAAUUGGUUGGAUAAAGGACUUCAUCUAACAUACUCCCUGCAUCCAAGAACAGACUGUCUGGGCAAUGGAAGAUCUACAACCAGGAAGAUUUACAAAGAGUCACGUACCGGUAUUUUAAAAAUAACUGUCAUGGUUUGAUAACAGGACCUUAUCAUUGUCACCCCAGAGAUAGGUUUGUUUGUUUGUUUUUUCAAAAAAGAAAUGCACCAUUGCCUACAACUUCUUUGGAAACAGUACAAUAUUCUUUUAGAAAAUGCAUACCAUUGUUUAUUGCCCCCUGUCAUGUCCUGUGGCGAGAAUGGGGAAACAUUUUGGCCCUCUGGACAUGACUGGACUCCCAGCUCCUGCCAAUACAAGUCAGCAUGGUCAAUGGUCAAUGAUGAUGGAAGUCAUAGUCAAGCAAGAUUUGGGGGGGGGGUCCCAGGUCUGCCUACUCCUCCCAGAUGGACUGGGGUUCUGUACCAUUUCACACCUGUGAAGGAGGCAGGUUUUUGUACAGCCGUGUGUCACUGUGGUGGGUCUUCGGAGGAGGAACCCACUUGACUGUCACAGGUAAGUCACCAAAUUUAUCCUGAAUCUUUCUGUACCCGAUGCAAUAUUCUAAUAUUUCCAUCAUUUUCUGCCUUCUUUUCAUUCUCUGGUUCUUGAUUGACUUUUGGGCUUUUCGUAUUAUAUCUACGCUGAUUCUUUCAUAGGGACUAUGGACUUGUUAAAAACCCAGGCAGUGGGUUAAAAAAAAUCCUAUUCGCUGCAUGUAGAAACAAAGAUGGAUCGGUUUAAUCCUACUUCUCGGGUGGUGGGGUGCCUCAAUGAAAUGUCUCUAUAAACUCUGUCAGUCUUUCCCAGUGGGCGGAAAUUAUGUUCGAAAACUGAGUUUGAGUUGUGGCAUUUCCUAUACAACUGGAUUACAUCUGAUGGGAUUCACUGAUUCUGCUAUUAAGAAUCCUGACUGUGAAUGAACAAAAAUAGAGUAAAAUAGAUAGUUUAUAAACUUGCAACAAGCUCUUUUUAAAUAUUCACUGAGAGUUUCCAUCUAGAUUUUACUUUAAUGAUAGAAACUAUGCAAUUGUUUUUCCAAAGUUGAACUGAGUUUUGUGAAUGACACUUCAUCAAAAUGAAAUGGUAGAUCUUAUUCUACUUUUUUUUGGGGGGGGGUUAUUCUGAGAAAUGCAAUCCAAAAUCCAUAACAAUAGCACUGUUGAAGUCUAUGCAACUGCACUGGCAGAAGUAGACUAUGAAUUUUAGCCUUACGCAGUGACUUUAGCGAGACUGUAGGAAAAGAACCACUUUAUUGAGUGCAUACAAGUGUAUGCAAAACCAAAAUAUUAGACUCUGGGAUGCCAUAAAUUUUAAAGACACCCAAUUGUUCAAAUUGUCAUGUCACCCUCUAAGACAUCUAGAUGAAAUCAGUCUUGAAGAUGGAAAUCAGGAGCCUAUUAUAACUAUAAGAGAAUACAGGUGCCUGGUUGCCACCAUCAAAGCCAGUUUCACAGAUGUAUUAGUUUUUUCACAUGUUGACUUGAAUCCGCAUGAUCUAAGUGUUGGAUCUCAGAGCUAAUUCCUCUGGGGCAUGCUAUUUUAAAGAUCUGAUAUUCUAAAGUAGGCUGGGUAUAGAAGGCAUUGGAGUCCAAGCAUGCUUUCUGAGAAAGGUUCGCUGGAACUAUUUUUGAGCUUCCACAAUGUCACCACAUUGAAUUAUUUUCAAAGAGGCUUCUCCAAGAGAAACUCUUCUUAGAUUGCACCCAGAAUUGUCCAUCAGUUCAUUGCAAGGAUGGGACAACCUGUGACUCCUCCAGAUUUUUCUGGGCUGCAGCUCGCAAUAACCCUGGCCAUUAGCCGUGCUGGCCAAAACUACGGAGAGUUGAGUCCAACGACUCAAAACAGGUUCCCCCUGUUUUGAUAGACUCAGGUUUUUUUAGGGAGAAUGUCUUCUUCCAGAAUAUAUUAGUGAUUCCAUGGCAGGAGUAAGUGGCAGAAUCCAACCAUUCCAAUGCAUUUACUGGAAUCGAGUCAACAUAUAUAUAUAUAUAUAUAUAUAUAUAUAUAUAUAUAUAUAUAUAUAUAUAUAUAUACAUCUGUUUGGGAAAACCCUGCUAUAACGUAUAGUAUUCUCUUACAAUUCUGUGUGAUACCAAAGCUAAUUCCUCUAGGACAUCCUAUUUUAAAGAUCUGAUCUUCUAAGAAGGGCUGAGAAUGUGGUCCGUGGCGAUGAGAUUAUGAUAACAGAUUACUAAUUCUCAAGAGCUCAGCCCAUCAUCCCCAAUUGUCCCUAGUUACCAGUGAUAGGUAUGGUUUUCUGAUGUCUGUUCCUGGUCAAUGUUUCCUGCAUUUGUCCACAUAAUAACUUUGGGAGAUGCCUUAUUGAGCAGCUGGAUGUGAAACCCGUGGCCCUCCAAACAUUGUUGAGCUCCAGCUCCUAUCAGCUGCAAAUGCUUAGAGAUUAUGGGAGUCAUAGCCCAACCACAUCUGAAUAACCAGAGCUUUCACAUCCCAGUAUGAGAGUAUUCAGUGUUCAAUGAUUCAGCUUCCUCCGCUGUAGAAGUUAGAUUUAGGGAUGGAUGUAUCUUGUGCCCAUAUAAGUACAUUGGUCUUGGUUUAUAGAAGUACAACAAAGUUGGCCAGGGGGGUGGUAAAAGUGAGAAAAAUAUGAGGAAAAACUUGAAGAAACUGUGUCUGUUUAGCUGGGACAAGAAAAAGCUGAGCUGGGGUAUAAAGAACAAUAUCUGAAAGGCUAUCACCCAGAAGAGGACAACAGCCUGUUCUCUGGUGCCCCAAAGGGCAGAUCCAAUUAAGUUUGCAGAAAGAUAAGCUUCUAGUUGGUGAGAGAAGUUUAGCAACACCAACCAGUUAGGUAGAGGGUUUCUGAUUUGUUGACCAUCAUAAAGGGGAUGAUGAUGUAAUUACCUAUAAAGAUGGUGGGUCUUCAAGUGUAGGCUGGACAGAGUUCUGCUGAGAUCACUCUAGCUCUGGAUCUCCUGCAGCAAGCAGGAUGUUGGACUAGGUAACCUGCAGGAGCCCUUCCAUAAUUCCCCAUUCUCUAUGGCUCUCCAACUCUAUGAUUCUAUAGACUUACACUCCAUGCAGUGCUCAGCUUGCUGCAUUAACCCAUUAAGCAACUAUGGAAGCAUAUAUUGAAUCACCCACUGACUAGGGUCAAUAGGGUGCUACCCCAUCAACCUCAAUGUGCCCUCAGCCAGCGCUCACAUGACUGCUUUCUUACUUGCAACCACUACAGGGGUGGCCCUGGCUGUCAGCUUUUCCUCCUUAGUCUCAGUGUUGCCCUUCUAGUACUCAGCAGGGAAGAGGAUGGGGACAAAAUUAGAAUGAGUUGGCUUCGCCUGUCACUGGUUCCAGCUCCACCUAACAUUGGUCUCUCUUGCUUUCUGCUGCACCAAUCCCAAUGGGCAUCACUGUAAUGAAGGCAGAUUCUCAGCAUAUAUCUAAGCAGAAGAGUAUAUUUAAGCAACCCUUCUACAAAUUAAAUGAAUCCAGCAGGCAGAUUGUCCAGCAAUGUGCAAUGGUGAGGAACAAGGGGAAUGGCUUGGCCAGCAAUCCUUAAGGUGGGAAUGGGGUGUUCCAAUGAGUGUCUGCCAAUUCUUAUUUCUGAGCUGCUGAGGGUAAGUUAGACUCAGUGUCAUAUAUCAGUCCAAAAGGAAGAACAGGGUGCCUCUGAAACACACUCAGAGUGUCCUGCUCUGAUUACAGCACAACCAGGACCUACACUCUGAGGACUGGGAGACAGCCUUCCCAAACUAGAAGACAUGACUUCCAGAGGCGUUUGUUUUUUAAACAAGGAAAUAGGAUCCGAUUGCAAUUCCUUUAUGAAAUCAAAUAAAUUACGCAAUCCCAUAUGUCUCUAUUAUAUAAUAUUCCCCUGAGACACGACACUUAACCAGAUUUCCCCUUGACUUCCAGGUCAGCCAACAGUACCUCCAACAGUGAACGUCUUCCCACCAUCCCCAGAAGAACUGAAGAGCUCAGACAGCGCCACCCUGGUGUGUCUCAUGGAUGGCUUUUACCCAGGCGUUGUCCAAGUUACCUGGCAGGCUGAUGGCACCCCCAUCUCCUCUGGGGUGGAGACAACCACGCCCACCAAGCUGAAUGACAAGUACGCGGCCAGCAGCUACCUCAGCAUGAAAAAGUCCGACUGGGAGAGGAAGGAGGAAGUCACCUGCAAAGUGACGCAUGAAGGAAAGACCGUUGAGAAGGUGGUGAGGAGAUCGGACUGUGCCUAA